AUGAGUCCAGCGGGUAUGAGAGAUAAGUCAUGAGCGGCACACAGUGAGCAGAGCUCAGCCCAUCCACUGGCAUGAGGAAAGGUGGGGUGGCAGUUAGCCUGUGAUCAUGGGGUGUCAGAUGCCCUCUCAGAACUGGCUGCGCUCGGGCUGGAUGACAGCGGUGCUGGUCAUGGUCGGGUCGUCUCUGCUGUACCCCGUCCUGUGGAGCACAUUCUGGCAGCUCAAUGGAGCAAUUACCGGAAGCUACAUCUCAGGCGCCCACUCCCUGGCCCUCAUCAACUGCCCCAGCGAGCAGAUAGCCAGAGAAAUCGCCAGGGGGAUCUUGGAGAAGAAGCUGGCGGCCAGUGUGAACAUCCUGCCAAAAAGCUCAUCACUCUACAUCUGGAAGGGCGAAAUCGAGGAGUCCAGCGAGGUGCUGCUGGUUGUCAGAACCCGAACGGCGCAGCUCCAGGAGCUCUCAGGAUACGUCCGGCUCAUUCAUCCCUUUGAAGCCCCGGAUUUUAUGACCGUGCCCAUCGAUCUGCAGAACCGGGACUACUCUAAGUAUAUAGAAGAGGUGAUGGAGGGGAAGUGACGCCCCCAGUGAAGAUGCUCCGUGAGAAGUAGCAGCUGCCAUUUCACUUGUAGGCGAUGACCGUGGUCAGAAGAUGGAUGAUGGGAGUAGUGGCCUGCGCACACAUGGACCAUACCUCAGCAGGCUGGGGG